UAAGUAUUCAAGGUAGCCGUCACUGAAGAUUUUUCAAUAAUUUUUACAUUUUACGUGGUUUUAUCAAAUAAAUAUUGCAGUUUCUGUGCUUCCUAUUUGUCUCCAAAUACAUUUAUGUUCAUAAUUUGUGAAUAACGAUGAGUACGAAGAUCAUAAAAGCUGGCGCCGCUGAGGCGGAUUCCUUCGAGACCUCGAUCUCGCAGGCCCUGGUGGAGUUGGAGACCAACUCCGACCUGAAGGCUCAGCUUAGGGAGUUGUACAUUACUAAGGCCAAGGAAAUUGAACUACACAACAAGAAGUCAAUCAUCAUCUACGUGCCCAUGCCCAAACUGAAGGCCUUCCAAAAGAUCCAGAUCCGGCUGGUCCGUGAGCUGGAGAAGAAGUUCAGCGGCAAGCACGUAGUGUUCAUUGGUGACCGCAAGAUCCUGCCCAAGCCGAGCCACAAGACGCGCGUUGCUAACAAACAGAAGAGGCCCCGAUCCAGGACACUGACGUCAGUGUACGACGCUAUCCUGGAGGACCUGGUGUUCCCCGCUGAGAUCGUGGGCAAGCGCAUCCGGAUCAAGCUGGACGGCUCGCAGCUCAUCAAAGUGCAUCUAGACAAGAACCAACAGACCACAAUUGAACACAAAGUGGACACCUUCCAGUCGGUAUACAAGAAGCUGACGGGGCGCGAAGUCACAUUCGAAUUCCCCGAACCCUACUUGUAAAUUAGACUAUGACUUUACAAUAAAACUAAAAUCUUA